UAAGCGGCUCGUGCCGGGGAAUGAGAAAAAAAGUCGAAUCUCAAAGUUAAAUACAACCUGUAAUGCCCCCGAAUGCCCCCGCCUUAUGCUAUUUGUUCGCCCUAAUUUUAGGCUAAUAAUUCCAAACUCCACUUACUUUACCGGCUCGCAAUCAACUGAAGAAGCUGGGCUUCUGUUAUAUCGCAAACGGCACUCCUAACCCCCCAAUCGGCCAAUAUUCGCCACCUCUUCAACAUUGGGUAGAGCUGAUUAAAGAAUGACCCGUGCAAAUCUGAGAAGCCAGAGCACUCCAGGGAAAAAAAACGCUUUUGUGUACAAGCUUUAUCGGAUGCUAAAUGACCAUAGCAUCUCUCACUUGAUUUGGUGGUCGGGCAAUCCCAGAGGUAGUGCGUUUCAGCUCUCUCCAAGUCAAGAGUUUUGUGAGGCUUUGAGCAAGUACUUCAAGCAUCGUAACGUGGCCAGUUUUGUUCGACAGCUACAUAUGUACGGGUUCCACAAAGUGAGUGACUCGUUGAUGACUCAAGUUGAGCUGGGCCCCAUGCUUUGGGAAUUCCGCCACGCCUCGGGCAAAUUUCGUCAAGGGAAUGAAUCCUUGUUAUCGCAUAUCAAGCGCAGACUGCAAUCAAGUUCGCUGCGCCAGCUUACUACUGCUAUGAGCCGUAAGGUCUUCCCCGAGGAUCUGUCUUUACAUCAGGGAAAUUAUGUGGUACCAGGUGCUGUUAACAAUGUGGGAGAACCGGGUGAUUGUUUGCAAUCUUCACUGCAUUUCUUCCAAAACAGUUUAGCACAACCGCAUCAAUUACCGCCAGCUGGUUUAUUAGCAGCCCCUCCCCUGUUUAUUCCGGUUUUCAGCGCGCAGCACAAUCCAAACUUCCACGACCCAAAUUCAGGGAAUGUUUGUUUCCAGCCUCCGGGGGCAUAUUCUCAUCCAAUGGGUAUACCACCAGGUUCCGGGGCUAUGGACCACGUCCCACCAGCUAGCAGCCCUCAAAUGCAGUAUAUGUAUGGCUCUCAAUGGCAACCGGUUCAAUUUGGACCUUCGCCAAACACAGCACCAAUACUACCGCACGGUAUAUCAUCUGGCCACAUUCCGUAUUAUACUCAUUACCAGACGCCGCGGCCGCAAGCUUCUAUUCAAGUCCACGUCCCAGUGUACUCGCCGUCAAAUUCAGUCGCCACUCACGGCCCUGGACUUGAGCCCCCGCAUCCUGAUGCGAUAGCCCGCAGACGCAGUACGAUUAGUGGGCAGUCAUUCCAAACACCGGAAAUAAAAUUCUCCGGGCUUCGGAGUCAGGUGAAUUCUACUUCUUCGACGGAAAAUUUUCGAAGUGUCGCUGAUACGGGGAUUAUGUCAGGAAAUGGUGCUUCACCUGGACAAUUUCAUGAGACCGGUAACAACCAUCCCCGGAGCGGAGAUGAUCCAUUAAAAUAUAACCAGCCUUGUGACUUUCCUGACUCUCGUGAAAGCUACAGUCCAAGUUUUCAUAAGGAUUCGCUCGAAUCGAGAAAACUGACUCGAGGCCGAUCUUUUUCUGGCUCGAAGGACGAAUCUGUUGGAAACGCGCAAAUAACUUCCGGCUCUUUGCCCAACUCUGUUUCAUUCUUACCUCGUCAAGAACCCGAAAACUUCGGAAAACUAGCUAUUUCUGGGACCAAUGAAACUACUAAAACAGAAACAUCACCCUCUGUUUCUAAAAUUCACCUGGCCCAGUCGCAGCAGACCAGCCAUGGGCAGAAUGUUUUGGGGCCCAAUUCGUCUCAUUCUUCUGUAUCUUCAAAUGACUCGUCCAUUCCCACCACUUCAUCGGGGAGACAGCUGUCGUUCGGUUUGAAUUCCCAAUCGGGGCCGUCUAGUUUUUCAACAGGUGGAAGUCCUUGUGCCGAUGUCGCACUGAUUUCAUGUACCCAGGUCUUCCCGCUUCCUAGUUUGAUUGAAAAUUCUGACCAGGUAUCUAUCGGUUUGGGAAGUAGAUCCACCUCAGGAGCCGAAGGAAGCAAGAUGAGGUUGUCCAACAAGACUCAACUCCCAAGAGUAGAGUUCUUCUUGAACAAUCCGCAACCCACACUCAAGAGACCUAUCUCAGAUGAGUAAUUAGCAUGAGUAUCUAUGUCUUUAUUUAUUUUUAGUUCCCGGGAGACUAAUUCUUCUAAACAUUUUGCUGCACUUCCUAUCCCCAUUACACCAGGUAUAAAAGCAAUGAGAUUACUCUAGCGGAACACAUACAA